UUGUUAUUAUAAUUAAUGACGCUUUCUGAGGUGACAUCGUGCUAAAUGUAUCUAUGUAAAUAAAGAAAAUCAUUUUAGUACAUAUUUUUGAUAUGGAUAUUGGUGAAUUAUUAUCUUAUAAGCCACCUAAUACACCAAAGCGUCCUGCAAUUGGAGAAGAAGAUGACGACGAAGAAUGGGAGAGUUCUAGGAAACCAAAGAAAGUUAUUAAAACACCGUACCAUGCACGUCAAAGACAAAUAAGAGAGACAGAUGUUACUCCAAUUAGAAAUAAUGAACCUCCAACUCCAAUAAGGGCUGCAUUACCUUCACCUGCAAAUGACGUGAUUGAACCACAGUUAACGGAAAAAGAAAAACAAGAUAUUUUAAAAUAUGUAGAGACUGAAGCACCUGAAGUAGAAGCAUUGGAUGAAGCUACGUUAAAAAGAAUGGUAUUAUUAUUCGAAAAACGAGCUCUUAGAAAUCAAGAAAUGAGAGUUAAAUUUCCGGAUCAGCCGGAAAAGUUUAUAGAGUCCGAAGUAGAACUGCAUGAAACGCUUCAAGAAUUACACGUUGUUGCGACUAAUCCAGAUCUUUAUCCAUUGAUGGUAGAACUUGGUGCAGUGCCAUCGUUACUUGAAUUAUUAUCUCAUGAAAAUACAGAUAUAGCAGUUGGCAUAGUAGAUCUUUUACAAGAACUUACAGACGUUGACAUUUUACAUGAGAGUCAAGAAGGAGCUGAUACCCUCAUAGAUGCUUUAUUAGAACAGCAAGUUAGUGCUCUUCUAGUACAGAAUUUAGAAAGGUUAGAUGAAAAUGUAAAAGAAGAAAGCGAUGGAGUACAUAAUACACUUGCCAUAUUUGAAAACUUAUUAGAAUUUAGACCAGAAUUAUGUACCGAUGCUGGAAAGCAAGGUUUAAUGCAGUGGCUAUUGCGUAGAAUUAAAGCAAAAAUGCCGUUUGAUGGAAAUAAACUUUAUGCCAGUGAACUUUUAUCAAUUCUUGUACAAAACACACCUGAAAAUAGACUGCUUUUGGGUGAUCUCGAUGGUAUUGAUGUACUGUUACAACAGUUAGCUUAUUAUAAAAGACAUGAUCCUCAAACUGCUGAAGAACAAGAAAUGAUGGAAAAUUUAUUUAAUGUCUUAUGUUCGAGUUUAAUGGCUACUGUAAAUAGAGAUAGAUUUUUACGCGGUGAAGGAUUACAGUUAAUGAAUUUAAUGUUGCGAGAAAAAAAAAUGUCACGUAAUGGUUCUCUUAAGGUCUUAGAUCAUGCUAUGAAUGGACCUGACGGUAAAGAUAAUUGUAGCAAAUUUGUUGAUAUACUUGGACUUAGAACAAUUUUCCCCCUUUUUAUGAAAACUCCAACUAAAAAUAGGAAACGAAUGCUUACAGCAGAAGAACAUGAAGAACAUGUAUUAUCGAUAAUAGCAAGUAUGUUAAGAAACUGUAAAGGACAACAACGUCAAAGAUUGCUUAGUAAAUUUACAGAAAAUGAUUAUGAAAAAGUGGAUAGAUUAAUGGAAUUACAUUUUAAAUAUUUAGAGAAAGUGGAAGAAGUUGAAAAAGCUGCUAAGGAUGAUGAAGACGAAGAAGAGUCUUAUCUUAGACGAUUAGAUGGAGGAUUAUUUAUAUUACAACUGGUAGAUUAUGUUCUUUUAGAAGCUUGUACUGGUUGUCCUCCUGCAGUCAAACAAAGAGUUACAAGAAUUUUAGCUCAAAGACGAGCAUCUCUUAAAACUAUCAGACAUAUUAUGAGAGAGUACGCUGGAAAUCUUGGAGAUGCUGGAGACACGGAAUGGAGGGAAGCAGAGCAGCAACACAUAUUGCAAUUAAUCGAUAAAUUUUGAUUUAUAUAUAUAUUUAAACUUUCAAUAUAAAUGUAAUAAAUUUAAUUUUAUUAAAAAAGAAAAAUGUUCAAAUAUAUGUGAUAUAUUUGAAUAGCAAAA